AUCUGGUUACAGAUGGCUACGAUUCCCAUUUUUUCACCUACCCUUCCCUUUCUGGGGCUCAUCCCUGGUGGGUUAAGUCCGGGCCGUAUGGUACGCAUCAAGGGCAUCAUUAACAGCCAUGGCGAACGAUGCCAGAUCCACCUACAGUCGGGAGCUGCAGUGAACCCACGCGACGAUGUCCCACUGCACAUUAGCAUCAGACCGAAUGAGCAUACGAUCGUACGUAAUUCGAUCCAGAAUCAGGUCGUUGGUGGGGAGGAACGUUACGGUGGUUGCCCGAUCCGGUAUGGGGAAAGCUUCGAUCUGCUGAUAUUGGCCGAAACGAUGCAGUACAAAAUCGCGAUCAAUGGGAUCCAUUUCUGCACCUUUGCUCACCGAUUGCCGGUGCAUAACGUACGGUACAUUUCGGUCAGUGGUGGUGGCGUUAUUUACUCGAUCGUUUCCGAAGCUGAUGUACCGGGAUCGGUGCCAGUGAAUCCAUAUCCACCGCCACCGAUAGUGCAACAUCCAACGCCGUACGCUCCACCGAUUGGCUUCGUACCUAAUGGUCCACCGUCAACCUUACCACCACCACCACCGUACACCCCGUUGCCGACACAUCCGAUCGGUGGUGGAGGUGGCCACUAUCCAGGAGUCGGUCUAUACCCACCGCCACCACCACCCCCGCAACCCGGAUACCCGCAUCAUCCACCACCGGGAGCGCAUCCGCCAGCCGUGCCCUUCUCGCCCGCCAGCAUUGGAAACCCACAGGCAUCUUCAUCCGGGGAAGAAGGAAAUCGCGUUAGGAUGAAAAAUCCGCUUAAACAAUCGAUUACUAGCGGUAUACAGCAAACGCAGGACUUCCUUCGGAACGCGAUCGGUGACAGAAAGCAUUCGAAUGUUGUCCCUCAUCAUCAAUCUCAUCCUCAUUCAGCAGGUGGUCAGCUAGGUUUCGUGACGGCGCCUGCACAGAUGCCUCCGUCCGGUAUCGGGUAUGGGGCCCCAGUUUAUCCAACGGCUCCACCACCUCCCGGCUACAACCCAUACGUUGGCCCACAGCACCAAAAUCCCCAACCGGGAGGAGGUUUUACGACCGCUGCUUCGACAGCUUUAGCGGCCGGAGCGACCGCUGCCGUUGCUUCUAAAAUUCUUCCUAAAGGGAAAACCAAAAAGUUACUAAAGUAUGGUGCCGCAGCUGGUGCAGCUGGUCUUGGAGGGUACGCGCUGUCGAAAGCGUUCCGUCGUAGGGGCAGUAGUAGUAGUAGCAGCAGUAGCAGUAGCGACAGUGAUUAAAUUUUACUAAUAUUACUCCCAA